AUGGACGCAUUAACAACUCAGGAACAGCGUGUGAAGGCGACAUGGUUCAUCAUCUGUCCAGAUGUGGACAAUACAUUCUUCGAAACGGCAAAAGCAAUGCACCAAAUCCUGACCGGAAAGUUGUAUAAAGUACGUUACAAAACUUCAGAUACAUACCUGUACGAACGCUGGAAUAUUGCAAGACGGACAGGAUACAAUUUUUCCACUGCGGGCAAAGUCAUCAUCGAGCUGGAGAAAACAGUAUCUCAAGAGGACAUGCCUACAACACUUGGCACCAUCUUGAUGAUAGAGAAGCUGUCAAAGGAAAACAGGCUACCAUACGAGGAAGUCUGGCAUAAAACCAUCCAAUUUUUCGGACGACGACAAGAUGUGGUGGCAGUCCAGAUGCGCAACGCACUAGAAGAAAGCCAGCGCGGAGCAUGUCAAUUAGAAGAAGAGGAGUGCCAAUCGGACGAUCGUAUUGAUUCAGCAGUUGUCAUAGAUUCAGCAAUAGACCCUAGCGGUGAUGCUUCUGUAGUAGAAGGAGGGGAGAAUGGAUGGAGUAGACGAUUAAGAAAAAGAACUAGAGACGCAAUAACCGAUUCCUCCUCGUCGGAAUCCGAAGCAGAUACAGCACCCGAAGAGCGCUUGCUAAAGCUGUCUUCGACUUACGAGCAUGAAUACCUAACUCCGCAGUGGUUAUGGGAGAAGGUGUACCAAUUAACAAAUGGAAUUGAUCUCGAUCCCUGUUGGCACGUAGAGUCAGUGGUGCGGGCAAAGAAAACAUAUGGGAUGCAGCUAGAUGGCUCCUUCAUAAACGCUCUUCAUUUAGAAAAAUGGGACUCGGGCGAGUGGGUAUGGUUGAACCCCCCAGGACAUGCCCUUUUUCCUUCGCACCUCGGGCACCCAGACAACAUAAAUCUUCAUGGACAGUUUUGGAAUAAGGUGUUUCUUGAGAUGUCGAAGGGACACAUUGAGCGGAUCUGUGCCAUCGUCCCUAAUGUUGGAUCUUCAACAUGGCUAGCAACACUAUUCAAAGAAGGCCUCAUCUGCUUUCUUCACAAAAGAAUAGAUUGGGUGCUGUCAUUAGCAGCUAAGGAGAGGAGGAUGAAAAAUCCGAAAACCGCCCGUGAUCUCUUUCCUCGACUCAUAGUUUACCUCGACAGCGACCCCACCUACCCAUACCAACAGAGAUUCGCAGAGAUCUUUAGUGAUGUAGGAUUCAUUCCCGGCUAUAAUCUGAGGAUGUGGAAACAACCGCAGCCGUUGAGGCACAUCCGUUAUCUCAGUGUAUGCUCUGGUAUUGGUGUUGGCGAACUUGCUCUUCAACAUGUCCUUCCCAGCGCGGAAUGUGUAGGAUAUUUCGAAGUCGACAAAGACGCUUUAGCCGUGUAUCAACAUCACUUUCCUAAUCAUACGAACUUUGGGGAUGUCACUAAAGCAGAUGUUGGGAAAUUGCCGGACUUUGACCUUCUUAUAGGUGGCAUCCCUUGUCAGCCGUUUUCGACAAUGGUUUCUAAUCAUCACAUCCGGAAGAACCAUGAUGAUCCAAGGGCUGAACCUUUUAAACACUAUGUUCAUAUUCUCAAAGCGAAGAAGCCCCGUUGGUUUCUUAUGGAGUGUGUGAGUUACAUGGAAAAAGAAACGGAGCAACGGAUUAGUCGAGAGAUUGGAGUGUUGCCAGUAGCGAUUGACAGCGGUAAUUUUGCAGCACAAUCAAGAAGACGGAAUUAUUGGGCAAACUGGUAUAUUCCCCAACCGAUACGAAGUAAAGGUAUUAAACUGGAAGAUAUUGUUGAAAGAUCUGUUCCACCGAAUCCAGCAAUCAAGAGGAAAGAAUUGAAAGAAUUCCACCCUCCGCUCGACACAGUCUCUUGUUUGAUACGCCCGAUGGAAAACGGCAAAAAAACGGGGACAGUCUCGUUAAGAACCGAUGGAAAAUCAAACUGCUUGUUGACUACAGAUUCUUAUCAAAGCACAUUAGUGAUUAGUGGGGGUUUUCGGUUCUUGACGCACUUAGAACGUGAAAGGUUACAGGGGCUUCCGGAUAAUUAUACGUCGAUGGUUAGCUCUAACAAAGCAAGGCUGAGAAUAGUUGGAAAUAGUUUCAACUUGCCGACGAUCGAGUACAUUUUACAGCAGAUGAUAUCAGCCCUGAAAAUGCAACAAGACCCCCAACCUAUUGAUGCCGAGUCGGCUCUAUAUGAAACGCUACAUGCCAUCCUUGACAGGAUUCAGCAGUCACCCAACACCAAGAAACAGGAUAAAUCGCGUCUAAAUCAACUCAAAGGCAACAAUCUUCUUUCCUUGUUCCAAACACCUGAGAUACUCAUUAGCAGGAUCAAGGAAAAAUGGACAAACGAGCAUACAUAUUACAAUUAUAUCAAAUUGGUGUCAAAAAUAGCACGCAAUGCUACGAGGGCUGAAAAGGCAAUGAUCCUUCAUCUAGCAGAGGAUGCAAUGGACGACCUUGAUAGUCAUUUUACAGACACAUUCCACUCUCACUUCAAGAAUGUGACAUUCGAAAGGUUCAAACAGUCAAAAAAUGAAGCAGCAUCCCAAGAGAUGACCCAGGAAGAUAUCACCAAUUAUGUCCCUUACAGCGAACUCUUAGCAGGAUUGAAAGUCGCUUUGACAUUCAUCAAUGAGGGAAAUAUAGUGGAGCAUCAAUUUCUAAUUGCUCUUGGGAUGAACCUGGAUGCAGAUAAAAUUCGUAGAUGCGAUAUUUUCAAAGCGAUGAUUAGUGAAGACGCUAAUGUUACGGUGAACAACGAAGGGAAAACUGUCUUCAUCCGAAAAUGCAAUAAGACUGGUGAAAAGAAUGUCCUCAUUCAGAUGGGAAACACCAUUCAACCAUACGUUAACAUGUUAGCAAAUGUCAGAAAGGGCAAUGGACAGGAUCGUCUUUUUCUAAAACCUGAUGGAAGUAUUCCAACCGAUGCCUGGUAUAGCGACGAAUUUAGUAAUGCUAUGGAACGAAUGUUUGGAAAGCGUGUAACACAGAAACGCCUUCGAAUUUCAGUGGGGAUGCAUCUUUCUGAAAGGGAUAAUGGAGAUCACGCUUAUCAGAAGGAAAUCGAACGUAGGAUGGGUCAUACCUAUGCUGUUCAUCAGCGCUAUUACAAUCUGUUCAAGUCAUUUGUAGAACAGCCUAGGAAUUAG